AUGUCUGGACGUGGUAAAGGUGGUAAAGUGAAGGGCAAGGCAAAGUCGCGUUCAAAUCGUGCUGGUCUUCAAUUUCCUGUCGGUCGUAUACACCGUUUGUUGCGCAAAGGCAAUUAUGCUGAACGUGUUGGUGCUGGUGCUCCUGUAUAUUUAGCUGCUGUUAUGGAAUAUUUGGCAGCUGAAGUUCUUGAAUUGGCUGGUAAUGCUGCCCGUGAUAACAAAAAGACAAGAAUUAUUCCACGUCAUUUACAAUUGGCCAUCCGUAAUGAUGAAGAAUUGAAUAAACUAUUAUCUGGAGUCACUAUUGCUCAAGGUGGUGUUUUACCAAAUAUUCAAGCUGUACUUUUACCAAAGAAGACUGAGAAAAAAGCAUAA